AUGUCAGAGCCAGCUGCAGCCAGAAGGGCCAGAAGAAAGGCAAACAGAAACACCAACUCGAGUAGAAACUCUUCGAAUACUCCUUCAAGAUCCGCUACUCCAGGAUUAUUAGUCGAUGAAGAUCAAGAAUUUGAAAAUGAUUUGGAUUUUUUAUUGACCAAUACACCAAAGCCCGAAGUUGAUCAACAAUAUACUUCUUCUUCAUUUUCGGAAGUUUAUAUUAGUUCUUCAUGGGAAACUGAGAAUAAACCUAAAACAGCUAAACAAACUGCUAGAAAACAUGAGAAAAAGUUCACAGUUGCCGACGUUACAAAAGAUAUGAUUGAUCUUGAUUUUAGUAGUGAUAGUGAAGAUGAGAAACCAAAGAAGUUAACCAAAAGGAGACUUGUUAAGCAAAAGAAAGAAGAUGAACAGGAAGUUGAAGAGUCAGCGGUAGAUAUUCCUCGUGAUUAUGCUGGAUCUCCUUUCAGUUUUGGAUCUUGGGAUUCUUCUGAACCUGCUCCUGCCCAUGAGGUUACUCAUGUUCAAGAUGCAUCAUCAGAGGUACAACAACACGCAUCCCAGAAAAAAGGUAGAAAUAGAAAGGAAAAGAAAGAGCCAAGACAAAAAGAGUUGCCAAAGAAAGAUGCCAAGCCAGAAAGUGAACUGGACGCAGCUCCUCCAACUCAGACGAAGAAACCUAGAUCGAGAGGAAAGAAGGAAAAGAAGGAACAAAUUGGAGAUUCAGUACCUUCAUCUGCUGAUCAAUCAUUUGAGCAACCUCCACAAGCUGCUGAGAAAUCUGAACUUUCAGCAAGUCAAAGGAGAAGAGCAAGAAGAAAUAGACAAAAGGAAAAAGAAAGAGAACAAGCUGCUCAAGGUGAAGCAACUACCUCGGAAGAAGCUAAGCCAAAGAAGACCAAGACAAGAAACAAGAGCAGAAAGGACUCACAGCAAACCCAAGAUCAAGAAGCAGUAGUUGGUGAAUCUGAACCAAAACCAGUCGAUUCAGAAAAGAAGAAGAGAAAACCCAGAGAAAGGAAAAAGAAGGAACAUAAAGAAGUUGAAGCCUCUGAUUUUAUACCUGUUCAACCAGAAUUAGAAUCAAAAUGGUCCACCAAGGAGAAUACAGCAAGCAAUGAAAAAGCUGAAGCAGAGGAAGAACAUCAACAACCAGAGGUAAGUAACGAUUAUAAAUUUGGUAGUUUCAUUCAAGAAGGAUGGGGUGAAGAUAAUACCGGAAGUUCAUGGGGAGGUAGUGAACAUCAUGAAAGGGACCAUCACCGUGAACCAAGAGAAAGAUCCAGAGGAGGUAGAAAAGAUAAGUUUGAUUCGCCAGCAGCACAUCCAACAAGAGCCGAAGGUUCAGCAUCAAGAGACGUUGCCGGAGAAGGAUGGAGCAGAGAGGAUUCUGGUAGUUCAAGAAGACGCAACGAUAAUAGGAAUGAUGGCCAUCAUCGUCGUGAGCCAAGAGAAAAGCAUAGAGGAUUCAGAAAGGAAAAGGCGGUAGAAGCUGAACCUGUAGAAGAACAACAACCAACUACAAAUGACGAUUCUGCUUUCGGAAGCGCCAUUCAAACAGGAUGGGGUGAAGAUAAUGCAGGUAGCUCUUGGACUGGAAACGAUGAUCAUCAACAGCACCACCGCCAGCCAAGAGAGAAAUCUAGAGGCUUUAAGAAAGAAAGAUCUGAAGAAGCUGAACCUACUAAACAAUAUGCAGUCUACGAGGAGGCUGAAGCUAUUGAACAACCAGUUCUGAGCGCCGAUAGUGCGGUUUCUUUUGGUUCAUGGGGUGAAGAGAAUACCGCAGAUUCAUGGGAAGAAGCUAUGACAACAGUGGACGCGAGCUGGCUAGACACGGAUACGGACGAGGACGAGGCAGAGGAGGAAGGAGGGGAAUGGGUGAGAGUGAUCAUGGAGGGCGAAGAGGAGGAAGAGGACGAGGACGAUCCAGUUGGGAUUAGUGGCUUGUCCAAGAGUCAGAAGCUUGGUCUUGCAGUAUAUCAAAAUAUGGUCCAUGAAUUUGCGGAAAAUGAUUUUGGCCCAGUGCCUGCUUUUUCUGGACUUUUUGGUGAUGGUUCAUUUUUUAAAAGGGUUGUUAGUAAGAAUCCCGUUAGACCUCCUCCCGUUGUUGAAGAGAAACCAAUUGAAAAUCCAUUUGCAAUCAAAUUAAGACCAAUAAAGAAAUUGGCUAAUAAAAAUCUCUCGGAAUCCUUACCAGAGAUUCAACCAACCAAAACUAUUAUUGGUCUUUCUCAUAAACAAAUUCUCCAAGCAGAUUUAUCAGAUGUUAAAAUCAAAACUUUGAUGUCUUCAUCUUCUGUUUCGAAAUAUGCGGCAACUUGUGUUAGAUUUACAAGAUCUCAUGGCGUUGACUUAUUUGAAGAUUUUGAAAAGAAGAAGAUUUUCUUGCAGUUGUGUAUAAAUAUUGCCUUGUAUGAAUCAAAGGGAUUCAAGAGAACCUUAAAUCGCUAUUCAAAUGUGUUGGAAUUAUUUGGAGGUUAUAGAGAAAUCAACUUAGAAACAACAAGAACUCAAUUAACUCCAUCUAAGAGAGAAGUCCAUCAAAAUAAUUUAGAUUAUUCUGUAUUGGCUUAUUUGGGACAUAUUUUGAUUUGGGCAGGACAUUUACAACGACAAGCAAAAGUUGCGAUGUUUACUGAGAAAUAUGAUUUAGAGGAUUUGUCACAAAGAUUGGUAAUGGAACAUAUCGGUGGAUAUCAUUUAUGGGAUAGGUUGCAACGAAAUUCUAAAGGAAUGAAUUCAAAGAGAUGGAAACAUGUUAUUAAGUUCAGAAACGCUUUCCCAUUUGAAGAGGACCAAUUUAUGAUUAUUUUAAGAUUCAUGCAAAUAGAUAAUAACAUUCCUUAA